AUCUACUACACAUCGUAAACAUUGGCAACCGUGGAAACAAUAUACUCCCCAAUCGAGAAAGCCGCCAUAGCGCUAGUUAGCGCAUCGCAGAAACUACGCCCCUACUUCCAAUCACACGUGAUCACAGUUCUCACAAACCUGCCGCUCAAAAGAAUUUUAAGAUCGAUGGAAGUGUCAGGGCGGAUGACAAAAUGGGAAGUCGAGCUAUCAGAAUAUGACAUCCAAUACGCGUCGAGGCCAGCAAUCAAGGCUCAAAUCCUCACCGAUUUCAUCACGGAAGGAGUAACAUUGAGCGACAAAUCCGACGGAGUGUGGGAGGUCUACGUCGACGGGGCCGCCAGCCAACAUGGAGUUGGCGCAGGCGUUGUCAGAAAAAUGCCCGCGGGAGCUAUCCUCAAAAUCGCCAUCUGCUUCAAAAUUCUAAAGACUAACAACGCAUCUAAGUAUGAAGUACUACUGGCAGGACUAACAGCCGCUAGACACCUAAGCGCAAGAGCGGUGCGAAUUCUUUCUGAUUCUGCCAUCGCUGUCAACCAGCUGAACGGAAUCUUCGAUGCCGAAAAGGACAGGCUUGCCCUAUACAUCGAGCACGUUAAAGCGCGAGAGGCGCAAUUCAAAAUAGUAACAUACAUCCAAAUACCGCGAGAAGAAAACAUGCACGCGGACGCACUCUCCAAACUUGCCACGGCGACGGACUUUGACGCAACAAGGAUGGUCUCCGUACAAAAAGAAGACCAAGACACGCCGCACAUCGUGAAUACAACACAAGGAGAAGAAGGCGACUGGCAAACGCCAAUUAUCACGUUCUUGAUAAAUGGAGCAGUACCGAAAGACGCGAAGGAAGCUUGGGCACUCAGACAGAAAGCCGCCCGAUGCACCCUCAUUGAUGGCACACUCCACAGGCGCUCACACUCGGGCGCUUACCUAAAGUGCGUAGGACCAGACGAGGCGCAACUGAUCGUGCGAGAUAUACAUGAAGGCAUUUGCGUAAUGCAUUGUGGCGCGCGGAGCAUGGAACGCACCAUCCUUCUUCAAGGAUAUUAUUGGCCGUGAAUAAAGAAAGACACAAAGAAAUUCGUUGAGCAAUGCCACAAGUGCCAACUAAACGCGCGUCAACAUCACACACCAUCCACCGAGCUCCAAGGAAAUGUCAGCCCAUGGCACUUUGCACAAUGGGGCAUAGAUCUACUGGGACCAUUUCCCACCGCGAAAGGCAAACGCAAAUAUAUCAUUGUCGCGGUAGACUACUUCACCAAAUGGAUCAAAAGGGAAGCGCUGGCAUCGAUUACCGCCCAACAAGUGGUUCGCUUCUUGAGGAACAAUGUGUUCACCUGAUUUGGGGUCCCAAAUUCGUUCAUAUUCGACCACAGCAAGCAAUUUGACUGCGCGUAAGUCAUAGACUUCUGCGCUGAAGUAGGUGCCAUAGCCCGGUUCGCGUCAGUCACGUACCCCCAAGCUAAUGGACAAGCAGAAGCGGCAAACAAGUCAAUCCUACACGGCUUGUAUACGCGCCUCGGAGAAGCAACAAGCAACUGGGCGGAGGAGCUACACAUAGUCCUGUGGGCACACCGCACAACGUUCAAGGCGGCAAUGGACGAGACCCCAUUCGUGCUAACCUACGGAAGUGACGCGGUCAUCCCAAUCGAAACGGUGAUACCCACGUACCACAUCACCAUGUUCAAUGAAUAAAGCAACAAUGAAGCGCGACUCACGGACCUCUAGCUAACUACCGAACGUCGGGAGAUGGUCGCUAUCAAACUGGCUGCGAGGUACUAAAACGCCAAGCUAGUCCCACACAAUAUUAAAAUGGGAGACCAAGUGCUGAGGCGCAACUUCCGCCCUGACGCAAAACACGGGAAGUUAGCAUCGACAUGGGAGGGCCCAUACUUAAUCCGCUAGGUUGUUGGUGCCAACACAUUCAAGCUAAGUGCGCUAAGCGGGGAACCAAUCCCCCAGACAUGGAACGCCCAAAAUCUGAGGAAAUAUCACUGGAGUUCCUAACCACUACCCACGUGUAAUCUUGAUGUCAUGUUUAUGCAAUGAUAAUUUCUUCUUUCCAUAUCACCGCACAAUAAGGGGAGGCAGCGCAACGUUUUGUCAAACGCGACUGUAAUUACAAUGGCAACGUAACCGCGCAGUCACGAACUGCGCUAAACUGUUGAGCAUGCAUAUAAUUUGAAAUAUAAUCGCGCAACCAUGACUCGCAACAAAGAAAAUAAAUAAAG